AUGUCUGUCGUAAAUGGUCUAAAAUCUGUAUUGAUGAUUACACCAGAGAGGGAAGAGCUGCAACAUAACCUGCAAAAGAUGGAGCAGUUUGAGGAGAAACUCAACGAGGAGUUGGUCGUCUUGAGACAGAAAGUUGUGGACAUGGAGAAAGAACUAGAAGUUUAUUCAGACCUUGAUAAACUGAGAUCAGAGGCUGAUGCCAAGAAACAGAAACUUCUAGAUGACAGAAUCAUCCUCCAAGAAAGGAGAGAGAACUUCAAGAAGCUGAUUCAAGCUCUGACUGUUAGAUAUGAAGGUCUCAAAGUCCAGCUGAAUGAGAAUGAGACAUAUUCACAGCUGGUCAAUCUUGAAAAGAAAUUGCAGCAUCUUGAACAGAAUAACUUCUCAAUGAAAGAGUUCAUUUCCCAGCGAACCAUGGACUGUGAUUUUGGCAAGAUGAGAAAGACUGUGUAUCACACAAUCAAUGAUCUCAAUGCCAUGCUCCAAGACCAGAUGGCCAAGAGAAGGACCUACUAA